UGCAGAGAAGCGAUGGCUCCGGCUGGGAAUUCAUCGCCGACGAAGCGACUGAAAGUUUCCAAACUAAAGGUCUUCCUUCUCGCGUUAUCCUACUCUUACGUCACCAAGUCGCUGGCGCUCAGCUACUCCAGGAGUAUGAUCACUCAGAUCGAGAGGAGAUUCAAUAUCCCGUCUUCGUUAGUCGGUGUUAUCGACGGGAGCUUUGACAUCGGAAAUUUGCUGGCGAUCGCCUUUGUGAGUUACUUUGGCGCGAAAUCUCACCGCCCGAGAGUGAUGGCGGCCGGCUGUCUCGUUAUGUUUUUGGGCGGCUGUCUGACAGCUUUACCUCAUUUCAUUAUGAGACAAUACCAGUACGACCGUGCACAUGGCGUGUCCACGAAUUCCACGUCCCACGUGCAGCUGUGUCUGGCAAAUCAGAGCCACGCGAGUGAAGCCGGGGCGUCCGAAGAGUGUAAGUCGGGAUCCGAGUCGCACAUGUGGAUCUUCGUGCUGGUGGGAAACAUCUUGCAGGGAAUUGGGGAGACCCCCAUCGAACCUCUAGGACUGUCUUAUGUGGACGACUUCGCCAAAGCUGACAAUUCCCCCUUUUACAUUGGAAUAAUACAGACCAUAUCGAUCGGCGGGCCCUUCCUGGGAUCGUUAAUGGCCGCGUUCUUCGCACAGAUCUACGUGGACGUCGGGUUUGUAAAUCUGGAUGAUGUCACUUUGGGACUGACCGAUACGCGUUGGGUUGGCGCUUGGUGGCUGGGAUUUUUGAUUAGCGCCACUCUGAAUCUCCUCGCGGCGGUUCCAUUCUGGUUCUUCCCGAAAUCCCUUCCCAAGGAGGGUGAAGAAGAUCCGCCGGAGGCAAAAGAAAUGCUUCAGCCCCUCGCGGAGGAGAAGAGAAUAGAAACCCCCGACCAGAAAGUUGUCGAAUUCCUGCCGUUCCUGAAGAGGCUCUUGGGGAAUCGGGUGUUCAUGUUAUUUCUGGUCGUCACCGUCCUCCAGUUCAACGCCUUCGUGGGAUUCUUCUCUUUUAUGCCGAAAUACGUGGAGCAGCAAUACGGGAAAUCGGCAUCAGAAGCCAUCUUUUUAAUUGGUGUGUACAAUCUCCCGGUAAUUUGCAUCGGUUACUUUUUGGGAGGAUUUUUCAUGAAGAAAUUCAAGGUGACGACGUUUUUGGCGGCAAAGAUCGGCUUUUGGAGCUCGGUGGUGGAAUAUCUCAUAUAUUUCUCGGCCUUCGCCAUGCUCUGCAGGAACGCCGUCGUAGCCGGACUCACCGUGUCGUAUGACGGAGUUGAAGAAACUUCCUAUCUGGAUAAUCUGCGCUCGGAUUGUAACAGGAACUGCGACUGCCCCACGGAUAUUUGGGACCCCGUGUGUGGCGAUAACGGGGUGUCGUACGUGUCGGCUUGUCUGGCCGGCUGUGACUAUUCCACGGGAUGGGGACAGGAGGCGGUUUUUCGCAAUUGCAGCUGUAUUCCCGGUUUAAACAGCAGCGCCGUGCUUGGCCAGUGCCCCAGGGAGGGCAAAUGCGACACCAUGCUGCUGUAUUUCAUGAUCCUGUCGCUCGUCUGCUGCCUGAUUUACUCAUUUGGAGCCAUGCCGGGGUACAUGGUGUUAAUCAGGAGCCUGACCCCUGAAGAGAAGGCGUUUGGUUUGGGUCUCCAUCUGUUGGCGGCGCGUGCGCUGGGUGGAAUUCCCUCUCCAAUCUACUACGGGGCGUUAAUCGAUACGACCUGCAUAAAAUGGGGGACCACCAGCUGCGGGGAGCCGGGUGCGUGUCGCAUGUACGACUCAGAUGCCUACAGGUAA